AUGGGAGCUGGUAACCGGACCGGUAAAACUGCAGUAAAUCGCCGGUGUUUACCCGGUUUUCACUACAUGGGUAAUCAAGAUGAUCAUGAUGAUGAAAUUAAUUAUGAUCUUGCAAUUGAUUCUGAUGAUAAAAGUGAUGAUGAAACAUAUACUAGUCUUUGUUUUUGUUGUGCCAUUGAACAAGAUGAUAAUGAAUUAUUGACACUUGAAACAAUUCAUCAUUAUGUUGAAUUACUUGAUAAAUAUGUUGCUAGUAUAAUUCGAAGUUUAUCAACUAAUCGAAUUUAUCAUUCAUUGAGAAUAUUGGGUAUUGAAACGAAUUGUGAUGAUACAGUAGCAGCAGCUGUUGUUGAUAAUCAACGAACUAUUCUUAGUCAAGCAUGUCGAACGAUAUGGCUUCGACGUUCAGCAUUUGAUAGUUAUUUAGCACAAGCUGUACAUAGUUCACAUAAAGGUCUUCCUCAAGAUGAUGAACAAGAUUCGAAAAAUAAAAAUCAUCAAGGAUUAAUUCGUUUACAAUGGGAUCCUGAUCAUCAUCCAAAGAAAAUUUGUUUUUAUCCCUAA